AUGGCAGCGAGGGACCGCUUCGGUGCCUACGCUGACCCGGGCCUAACACCGCUACAACGAGCUAUCCGAAAUGCCUGCGACCUCUCGCACUAUGAACCCAAUCUCGCCCUGAACCUCGAAGUGGCCGACUUGAUCAACUCCAAGAAAGGCAAUGCACCUCGAGAAGCGGCUAUCGAGAUCGUUCAUCUGAUCAACUCGCGGAAUCAAAACGUGGCGCUACUGGCGUUGGCGUUGCUCGAUAUUUGCGUCAAAAAUUGCGGAUACCCUUUCCACCUUCAGAUCAGCACCAAGGAGUUUCUCAAUGAGCUGGUCCGUCGCUUCCCCGAGCGCCCGGCCAUACGGCCAUCCCGCGUCCAACACCGCAUCCUGGAAUCCAUUGAGGAGUGGCGACAGACCAUCUGCCAGACGUCGAGAUACAAGGAGGAUCUAGGCCACAUUCGGGACAUGCACCGUUUGCUACUCUACAAGGGCUACGUUUUCCCGGAGGUUCGCCAUGAGGAUGCAGCGGUUUUGAACCCCAGCGACAACCUUCGCUCGGCCGAGGAAAUGGAAGAGGAAGAGCGGGAGGCUCAAUCCGCCAAGUUGCAGGAGCUAAUUCGCAGAGGCACCCCGGCCGACCUGCAAGAAGCUAACCGAUUGAUGAAGGUGAUGGCCGGCUUUGAUAACCGACACAAGACGGACUAUCGGGCCAAGGCGGCGGAGGAGGUGGCCAAGGUGCAGCAAAAGGCCAAGAUCUUGGAGGAAAUGCUGCAGAGUCAUCAGCCGGGCGACCAAGUCGCCGAAGGAGACGUGUUCGAGGAACUGGCGAGUGCGCUUCAAAGCGCUCACCCCAAGAUCCAAAAGAUGUGUGAGGAAGAGUCGGAUGAUCCCGAGGCCGUCCAGAAGCUGCUCGAGAUCAAUGACAGUAUACACCGCACGAUCGAGCGAUACAAGCUUGUCAAGAAGGGCGACUGGCAGGCGGCGUCCCAGAUUCCCAAGGGUACUCUGGGCACCACAACGGGCGUGUCGAAGAACGCUAACAACGAACUUUCCCUUAUCGACUUUGAUCCCGAACCUGCACCGAACGCCAACGGGAAUGGCGUCACAGCUUCCGCGGGAGGCAGCUCCUUGGAGAAUGAUUUGUUAGGUUUGUCGAUAGAUGAGCCUGCUCCAGCUCACGGCGGAAUCUCGUUAGGGCCUGCCCCAACGACGUCCGCGACGCCGCCAAUGCCUCAGGCCCCGGCUGGUUUCAGACCCAAUUAUGACAUCUUUUCCUCGAUGAACACAUCCCAGCCGCCUUCACAGUCAUCCACGCCGGCUCCGGGUGGGCGCCCUCAGAGCAUUAUUUCUUCUCCCGCUGCAGCGACUCCUCCCCCUGCUGUCGACCCAUUCGCUUCCUUGGUUUCUGCCAGCCCACGGCAGGCCAGUCCACUGUCUUCUGGCAAGGCCUCGAGCUCGCAACCUCCCGCUGGAUCGUUGUUGGACCUAAUGGGUAGUGGGUCUGCGCCACCAGCUGCCAGCCAGACCAAGGCGCCUGAGGAGGACGAAUGGAACUUUGCAUCGUCCCUGCCGGAAAGCAACAAGCUGCCCAGCAUGAAUCGCGUGCAGGUGUUGAACUCGACGCUGCGGAUUGAAUUCAUGGCACGCCGACAUCCCCAGCAGACACAACAGAUUCAUGUGGUAGCCCUGUUUUCCAAUAAUACUAAUCAGCCACUGAAAGAGCUACACUUUCAAGUGGCCGUGGAGAAGGCAUACACCCUGCAACUGCGGCCGCAGUCGGGACGGGAUAUUGCGCCCUCCCAAGCAAACGGAGUGCAACAGGAGAUGCUAGUGGACAGGGUUCCAGUGGGCAAAGGCAACGCGAUCAAGAUGCGGUUCCGCGUGUCGUACCAGGCGGGCAACGAGCGCAAAGAAGAACAGGGCAUGGUUCCAUCGUUGGGGAUCGCCUAA